AUUUGGCGAUCGGAAUUUCCGGAUUGAAUCCAUACUUUAUUCCACUGCCCGCGAUAUUCGCAGGCAGUACCAUCCCGUUUUCCUGUGUGGAAGUGUAAUUGCACUCUGAGAUGUUGGUUAAUGCAUGUGUCUGAUUGCUCUCCUGCAUGUGACUUAUAAAGUUGCAUAUGAACUGCAAAAGGGAUCUAUAAAAGCGCGGUGAGACUGAUCGGAUAUUAUACUGCUCCCAGUUCCUCCUAUCUCUCGCCUGAACCGUAUCCAUUGAUGUUCAAACACUUCCGAUCCCCAUGAUCGCGCCUCGCUCCUUCAGGACGCUGUUGUCGGGUUUUCGGGCCUCCAGACGCGGCGGCCAGCCCAUCCUGCCGGCCCGCAUUGCGCCGGAGACCUUCCAGAUUCCGCAGACAAUGGCGGGGCUCUUUAUGAGCUCCCUGCACGAUGAUCUCAACAUUAGCAACCAGAACGCCCAACUGCAGGCCUUCCAGCAGGAACUGGCGCGUGCCAAGAGAGUUGUGGUGUUAACGGGGGCGGGUAUCAGCGCGGAGAGCGGGAUCUCGACGUUUCGGGGAGCGGGUGGUUUCUGGGGGAAAUACGACGUCACGCAGUUGGCCACGUACCCGGCCUUCGUUGACAACCCUUCGCUGGUGUGGCAGUUUUAUGCCUAUAGACGGGAGACAGUUCUCAAAUCCGCGCCCAAUCCCGGACAUGUUGCACUAGCAGCGGCCGAAAAGAUCCUCAAAAGCGACAAACGUAAAUUGACCAUUGUAACGCAGAAUAUUGACGGUCUGCAUCAAAGAGCGGGCUCCAAGAACGUUAUCGAAAUCCAUGGCAGCCUCUUCAAAACACAGUGUAUAAAAUGUGGAACCGUGGAAGAAAAUGUUACCUACCCCAUCACACCUGCCCUCGUAAAUCCUACUCUCCCUGAUCCGGACCAGCCUGUGGAUAAAAUCCCGGAGAAAGAUUUGCCGCGCUGCGGCGAAUGCGAAGGCUUGCUCCGACCGCAUGUAGUGUGGUUUGGUGAACCGCUCGACACAGCUGUGUUAGAUGCGGUAUACUCCGAACUGGAUGCCUGUGAUCUGUGCCUGGUCGUCGGCACUUCUUCCGUUGUGUACCCGGCGGCCAUGUUUGCUCCUCAUGUGGCCGAACGCGGCGUUUCCGUGGCGGAGUUCAAUCUGGAGUUCACACAGGGCGCCAUGACGUCCAACUAUCUUUUCAUCGGGCCAUCUGGAUUGACGCUUCCUAAUGCUUUGAGACCGAUCACCGAUAAACAGGCUCCGCACAUCCAGAAGCACGAUCAAAUUAUCACAAACUGAAACUGGAUUUGCAGAGUUUAGUGGAUUGUGGACGUUAUGAUUUUCAUGCAACCCCACUGUUUCGGGGCUGUUUGUGCACCGGUUAUUUAUUUACUGACUUUUUGAGGAGGAGUGCAUAUGCUUUUCCCCUUAAACUUUUUAAAGACAUUUGCUCAGA